AUGCUUAAAUUAACAAUUGUAUUGUCAUCAGUGAUGGCCUAUUGUAUGGCCAGCGCUGGCGGCUAUGGAGGAUCAUCAGGUGGUGCAUCAUAUGGUGGUUCAGGCGGUGGCGGUUAUAGUGGCGGUGCAAGUGUUGGUGGUUAUAGUGGUGGCAGUGGAGGAGCCGUACAAAGUGGUGGUGGACACAGUGGCGGUAUUAUACAGGCAGCCAUCCAUACACGCCAUCAAAUCGACUUCAAGGACGUCCCAUCGUCGGGUGCCGUCAAUCCGGCAACCAUUGAAGUCGGCUCAUCAUCCGUACCCCUGAACAUACUGUUCCGAUCGUCAUCGUCCAACUUGAAUGUACAACAGGAUCAUCAGGGAGGCGGCGGCGAUACCCAACGUAGCCAAUCGGAGGACGAACCCCAUCGACUCAUUCAUGAAGUAUCCAAACCGAUCAUUCAAGAGGUCCGGGAAGUGAUUACACCGUUCCGUAAGAUAGUCCAAGAGAUACAACCGGUUCAGGAAGAGAUCCAGACUAUUGUGGCCAGAGGUCAACAACAACGGGAAUUGAAUAGUCAAACAGUCAAUAGAAAUAUUAAUACUAAUACUAAUAAUUUUGCCGCAAUUGGUGGCAGUAUUGCCGGCGGUGUUGUCGGCGGAGGACGCGUUAUCGGCGGCGUCGGCGGCAGUGUUGGUGGUGGCUAUGGCGGCGGACAAACUAAAAAAGCCUAUUAA